AUGACCUGCACCACCGCAGAGGAAUUGAUCGACCUUGGGCGCGACCCACCUUCGUCAUGCUCCGCCGGCCCGACUGGUGACAACAUGUUCCAGUGGCAGGCGACCAUCAUGGGGCCGGGCGACAGCCCUUACUCGGGCGGCGUCUUUUUCCUCACCAUCACCUUCCCCACCGACUACCCCUUCAAGCCCCCCAAGAUCGCCUUCACGACCAAGAUCUACCACCCAAAGUGCGUUGACCUAGGCUCGCCUCGUUCGGCGCCGGUCCUUAGAAACGGGUGCCCGAGCUGACGUCUCAUCCUGUGUGGCCCUCCUGCAGCAUCAACGCCAACGGAUCCAUCUGCCUCGACAUUCUGCGUGAACAGUGGUCCCCGGCCUUGACCAUUUCCAAAGGUCGGUCCCGCCCCUUGAGCUCCUGACUGGCCUCAAGUGAGUCGCGCGAGUCGCACUUGAGCUGACCGAAGCGGCCUGUUUCGUCACAAUUUCAUUCAGUGCUCCUGAGUAUCUGCUCCAUGUUGACCGACCCCAACCCCGACGACCCGCUGGUCCCCGAGAUCGCGAACCUGUACAAGAGUGAUCGUCCGAGAUACGAGUCGACAGCGAGGGAAUGGACGAGGAAGUGAGUGACCAGAGUUCGCGGUAAUAAGUUUCCCGGGCGAGAUGAGUUGAGCUGACCGACCCACGGCACUCUCCGCCGCUCCAGGUACGCUAUGUGA